GUUUCAGGAUAUGGCUGAAGUCUACAGUGUCGAGAUUUCGACGAACAUCAGCGAGUUUCCAUACGAGAAGAAAUUCCCAGCUACCUUCACACUUAGCGAUCUCAAGAAGAAGCUUGAGUUGAUCGUUGGAGCAGCGGCUGACUCUAUAAAGGUUGAGCUUCACGAAGGUGAGGGCAAGUUCGUUUCUUCGCUAACCGAUAAUUCGAAAACUCUAAAGGAUCUUGGAGUAAAAAAUGGAAUGCGUAUCCAUGCAGUGGACAUAUCAGGACAUAAUGUCGAAUUACAAGACGACAGCAUGGUUGAGAAAUAUACGAUGAGUGAUGCUGCUUAUAACGAACGGGAAGAUAGCGUAAGAGCUUGGAAGAAGAAACUCCUCGCUGAACAUGGAAAGGACAGUGAACACAAACCUGAGCAUGUGGAGGAACUAAAUGCUGAGUUAGCAAAGAAAAUAAAGAUUGGUGACCGCUGCGAGGUGCGUAUACGCGGUGAACCUGCUAAGCGUGGCGUAGUCUCCUUCAACGGUGAGACGAAGUUUCGCCAAGGUGUUUGGAUCGGUGUCACAUACGACGAACCUGUGGGCAAAAACGAUGGCUCUGUUAAUGGUGAGAGAUAUUUCCAAUGUGAAGAUAAACACGGUGGUUUUGUGCAUCCAGUAGAUGUUGUGACCGGUGACUUUCCUCCGCUGCCCAUCGAUGAUAUGGAUGAAAUCUAAACUUCUUGGUAACUUUCAUUCCCAGCUUUUGUGUUCACUUGUGAGAUUUUGCGUGUUUAAAUAUUGAUCUUCUAGCUGCUUACGAGGCUUUUUUUGCUGAGACCUGUCUUACUACUCACUACUUCUUUGUUGUCAGUUUUGCAUGCACUGAUUUAUU